AUGGAGGUAAUUACGACAUGUAGUCCGAAGAAUUUCGAUUUUGUCCGCAGUCUUGGGGCCAAACACGUGUUUGACUACAACGAUGAAAACGUGGCACAGAAGAUUAAGGAGGCAGUGCCAGGUUUGAAGUAUGUUUUCGACACCAUUGGCAAUUCGUCCUCCUCGUCCAUAGCCUCCCAGAGCCUAGACCGGUGUGGUGGUCAGCUGUGCACGGUCAGGCCAGGAAAAGGCAAUACUGAGAAUGUGCCGAAAUGGACGAGAGUCACCGAUGUUCUUGUCUGGACAGCGUUCCUUAAAGAACACCAGUAUGGACAUUUUCGAUGGCCCAUGCCUCAGCUGCUCCGGGAUGGUAAAAUAAAGCCAAAUAACGUAAAGCUCUUCGAUGGUGGACUCGGCAGUGUUACUGAAGGCUUCCAACAGUACAGGGAUGGGAAGAUUUCAGGGUAUAAGAUUGUCUAUUCUAUGUGGUAG